AUAAAGCAGACCUUUUCUCAUCGAUAUUGUGUCCAACCCUUUUUGUCCCCUUUGUGUCAGGAAUCAUGUCGUCCCUGUUCAAUACGGUCAUGUCCAUGAGCAAAGCGGCCAUUCAGAAGAUGCAAGGACCGCUGGAUCCCAAUUUGGUCAAAUUCAUUCCUCAUAAUGACCUGGCGACAGUUACCGUGGUAGAUCGAGAGGGAGCUUUGGUCCUGAUUGGUCCCCGGUCCCAAAUGGCGGCCAAGAAGGAGGAUGGAACCAUUGAAGUCUAUGAGAUUGUGGCUCACACGGAGAAAAGCAACAAUAGCUACACAUUGCAGAGAAUCCAAGAUCUGUCAGUGGCCAAAAGCACAUUCCAGUACUUUAGUCAGACCUUGGGAGUUCUGUUGGAACUGGAUCCGGAUCUGUGCGUGGUGGGACAGUUGCAGGGGAUUUGCGAUGUGCUCAGACUCCACCCAAAGUUAAGCCCAUGUCAUUUGGCUGUGAUGUUUGAUAUGAGGAAGAUCAUUGAACGCUCCCAUCUCCUCAAGUUUAUAAAUGCGGGCGAUGCUAAUGGGGUUACGCCAUUGAUGACAGCCGUUCAGAAGGAAAACAUUUACAUGGUCCGAUUGUUGGUGAAGAACAGUGGGUCCAAGCACUCUGUGGACGAGAAGGGCAAUUCUGUCUACCAUUAUGCCGCCAUUUCCAAUUGGGAUAUCAUCGAUGCCCUCAGCCACGAGCCUAAUUCGUUAUUGAAUGAAUGUAAUCAAGAAGGGGACACGCCUCUUCACAUCGCUUGCAAGAAUGACAAACCGGAUUGCGUCCAGGCCUUGCUUUGUGCUGGAGCGGAUGUGAAUAUCACGGGCACUUUGGAGCAAGAAUUGCCCGUUCAAACCGCGUCGAAAUCUUCCAAUCCCAAAUGCGUCAAAGAAAUCAUUCAAAUGUUUCCCAAGCAACUCCACGCUCAGGAUAUUAAACAUGGUGGCACACCCUUGCAUUGGUCCAAAUCCCGCAAAGUCAUUGAGGCUCUCAUCGAUUCCGGUUGUUACGUGGACUCGAAGAACUUUUUGGGCCAAACGGCCCUGCAUUUACACGUGCGUCAUGAACGCCUGGAUUGCGUAUUGGCCUUGAUCGCCUUCAAUGCCAAUAUCAAUCUCAAGGAUGAGGCCGGAAACACGGCGCUUCACAUGGCCGUCGAGAUUGGCAAUGUGACCUUGGUUCGAGCCUUGUUGGUCUUUGAGGCCGACACGAGUUUGGUCAAUAAUGAAGGUGACUCCCCUUGGACUUUGGCCAUGAAGAAAGUCGAAGGCUCCUCGGUCCUCGCUUUCACUCGAGAUCGCGAGGGCGUUUUGUACUCGCUGUACGCGAUUGGUGCUUCAGGAUGUUCCACGCCCACCGAUCGCAAUGGGCGUGAACUGGAUUUCAAGAAGAUCAAAUCCGCCAUGGCGGCCAAACACCGUCGAGUUCGAUGUCUCUUUGACGAAAUGUUGGCUCAAAAGGCCAAGUAUCGGAAGGGCGUGCCGAAGAAAGGGGGUCGCAUGUUGAGUCUGGAUGGAGGCGGGAUCAAAGGCGUGGUUGAGACGAGGAUGUUGUUGUCGAUGGAGAAAUUGUUUGGCGUGCCGAUUUUGCAUUGUUUCGAUUGGAUCAUUGGGACCUCAACGGGUGGAAUCUUGGCCUUGGCUCUCAUGUCCGGAAAAAGCGUCUUGGAAUGUCAAAUCAUUUACUUGAGGUUGAAGGAAAGGGUCUUUAUUGACUCCAAGCCCUACAACAACAAGCCUUUGGAUGAUCUGCUCAAACAAGAGUUUGGCGUAGGUACAAAGAUGUACGACCUCAAAGGGCCCAAAGUGGUCAUCACUGCUACAAUGGCCGAUCGGACCCCUCCGGACACCCAAUUGUUCCGCAACUACCCAGCUCCCCAAGAGAUGUUGGGUGUGAGUGAUUAUUGUCAUCCGGACAUAUGCAACACCACCGUGCCUUCCGAGCAAUUGAUAUGGAGAGCCGCCAAGGCCUCCGGUGCGGCUCCGUCCUUUUUCAGGCCUGAGGGCGUCUUUGUGGACGGCGGGAUCCUGGCCAACAAUCCGUCACUUCACCUCUUGACUGAAAUUGCCGAGUACAACAUGGCCAAAAAAGCCUUGGGGCACGACGAGGAAAUAUUCGAGUCGGCAGUCCUCGUGUCGUUGGGCACUGGAAUUCCUCCCGUUAAAAAGACGAAAGUAGUGGAUAUUUUCCGUCCAGAUAGCGCACAAGAUACCAUCAAGCUCAUGAUGAAUUGGGAUGGAAUGGGCAAGCUUAUGCUGGACAGUGUCCUGGAUGCGGACGGAAAAGUGGUGGACCACUGUCGAGCCUGGUGCUUGGGUCAGGGAACCUCCUACCACCGCUACAAUCCCCAACUGCUUCAGGACCUUGAACUCGACGAAAAGGACGACAAGACUCUCGUAGACUUGAUGUGGAUGACCAUGACCUUUAUGCACGCUAAACGCGAGGACAUCUUGGCCUUAAGACCGCUUCUCUUGCCAGACGAUGAACCUAAUGACUCUGAUACUGUCGAAACCAAAGGAUAAUCCGCCAACUCUUUCUAUUUUUAGUUUAGUUGUAAAUCACAAGCUCUCAUAGUUUCUUGUUGCUUGGUACUUAAAUCCCGAACGCCGCCAAUUAUUCUACAAUUAUUCUACAACCCUAGAGCCAAUCAUUCCUGUAUGGCGUAUCUCUCUUUAUCCCCUACAAGUGCAUUUGAAUUCGUUUUAACUUGUUUUAUUCAUAGCAUUCCGAAAGAGACCAAUACAUCGCUUGUUAUCGUUAUUCUA